AUGGGCAGCUCGUGUACGUCGCCCUUAACUGGGCUCCUGCGGCCUCUCAUGCUCCUCCUCCUCUGCAUAACCCAGCUCUCCACGGCCCUGAAAUUCGAUCUCCCUGCCAACACAAAUCAGGAGAGAUGUAUACGAAACUUUGUGAAUAAGGAUCAGCUGGUUGUUGUGACGGCGAUUGUGGGUGGAUCCAAAGGUGAUGGACAGGUUGUUAACAUGCAUAUUAAAGACUCGAUGGGUAAUGAUUACGGCAGGCCCAAGGACGUCGUCGGCGAGAAACGACAAGCGUUUACCUCCGGGGCAGAUACUGCAUUCGACGUGUGCUUUGAGAACAUCCUCGUUGGCCGACCUACUGGCGCCCUUUCCCGCUCCGUCGAACUUGACAUUGAUAUUGGAGCCGACGCCCGCGACUGGUCGGCCAUUCAGGUACAAGAGAAGCUACGACCGGUCGAGGCUGAUCUGCGCCGUAUUGAAGCGAUGGUCGCCGAGAUCGUGACAGAGAUGGAAUACAUGCGGACUCGCGAGCAGAAAUUGAGAGAUACGAAUGAGAGCACGAACGAACGAGUUAAAUGGUUUGCCUUUGGGACUAUUGGUAUGCUGAUAGGAUUGGGCGCGUGGCAGGUUGUUUAUCUGAGAGCGUAUUUCAGGUCGAAGCAUCUUAUCUAA